CCAUCAUGGUGUGCAUGAAUGUCCUGGCGGAUGCUCUCAAGAGCAUCAACAAUGCUGAAAAAAGAGGCAAACGCCAGGUCUUUAAUAGGCAGUGCUCCAAAGUCAUCGUCCGGUUUCUAACAGUGAUGAUGAAGCAUGGUUACAUUGGCGAGUUUGAAAUUAUUGAUGAUCACAGAGCUGGAAAAAUUGUUGUGAACCUCACAGGCAGGUUAAAUAAGUGUGGAGUGGUCAGCCCCAGAUUUGAUGUACAACUCAAAGACUUAGAAAAAUGGCAAAAUAAUUUGCUUCCAUCCUGUCAGUUUGGUUUCAUUGUCCUGACAACCUCAGCUGGCAUUAUGGACCAUGAAGAAGCAAGACGAAAACACACAGGAGGGAAAAUCCUGGGAUUUUUUUUCUAGGGGUAUAAA